AUGGAUAACAAACUCAAUCAAUCUAUGAGCACUUUCAAAGGGUCUUCUUUUUCAUUACCUAUAUAUAAUCAAGCCUCUGAUAAUCGUAUUCUCACUGCAAUCAAUACACACACACACAAAAAAAAAAAAAUCAUGGGUCUCACAAGCUUUACACAAGAGAUGUCAUGCCCAAUUGCACCGGCUCGCAUGUUCAAGGCUUUGAUCGUAGAUUCGAACAAGUUGAUACCAAAGCUCUUGCCCCAAUUCAUAGCAAGUGUGGAUGUGAUUGAAGGAAAUGGAGGGCCUGGUACCAUUGAACAAGUUAACUUCACUGAAGCUAGUCAAUUCAAAUAUGUGAAGCACCAACUCAAAGAACUGGACUGUGAUAACUUUCUCUGCAAGUAUUCUAUGAUUGAAGGAGAUCCAUUGGGUGACAAGCUUGAAUCUAUUGAUUAUGAAGUUAAGUUUGAGGCUACUUCUGAUGGAGGUUGUGUGUGUAAGAUGACAAGUAAUUACAACACAAUCGGAGAAAUUGCGGUCAGUGAGGAGAAAAUCAAAGAAGGCAAAGAAAAUGCUGUGGCAAUUUACAAAGUUGUGGAAUCAUACCUUCUGCAGAACCCUGAAGUGUAUGCCUAGUUUGAGUCUUCUUCAUAAUUGAAGCUAAAGAUAUUUUAUUGAUUGGAUUUCAUAUAGAUAAUAAUGCUAUUCUUGUACCAUAAUUUUAGUGUGCCUGGUACAAGAAUGACAUAUAUAUAUAUAAUACUUAACACCAACAGAAAGCACCAUCUUACUAUUGGAAUUUCAUUUUUUUUUCUAAUUUCUGUGUGUGUUUUUUUUCCAGAGAUUUACAAUGAAUAAAAUCAAAGAUACAUUUGUGAGUAA